AUGUACGGGGCAGCCUUGUACUGGCAUGUUGCCGUGACGCGGGGCGAGGCUAUCACUGAUAUAAGAGAGGACCUCCUGCGAGGCAAGUCCGUUUUGGAGGUCGGCUGUAUGCGAGGUGGUGGUGCACGAUAUUUGGCUAAAGUCGCUGAGCCUCGCGAAUAUGUUGCAACGGAUGAUUCGGAAGACAAUAUCCGCCUCUGUAACACCAUCCACGCUCCGCUUCCUCCAAGCUUGCGCUAUGAACGAGCCGAUGCCUGCUCACUUCAUUCAAUGUAUGGGGCAGAUGCCUUUGAUGCCCUAAUCUGUGUCGAGGCAGUGGCAGACAUCGAGGACAAAGCUGCUUUCGUAGAGUCGGCAAGGGCAGUUCUACGGUCCGAUGGGCUUUUGCUGCUCUGUGAUGCCUUCAUGCCCCGUGACCUGCACGACUUGAUGGACAUUCUGAAAGCUCAACACUUCGAUGUCGAGGUUUGUACUGACAUUGGUAAGUGGGUUCGUGCCACAGGCUUGUCUCCUGUGGAGAUCGGGGAGUCGCACAGCAUGUAUGGUGUGGCUGCUUGUACCUACAUGAGGAUCGUCGCUCAUGACGCGGGAACCUGCCAGGAAAGCCUUGAGGGCUGGAAUGAUCGAGAAGUUUGUGAAGCCUUCCAUCGGAUGUAUGAGGUCUUGUCUGGCUACGACAGUUCUGUUGCAACCCAAUACAUUUUGGAGGAACAUCCACAUUUGAUUGAGCGCGUGCUCAAGUACUCUCGUCUUGAUGUGCUGCCUUUAGAUGUAGCCGCCAGCAAUUUUGGUGAUUUCACCGAGAAGUACACUUUCUUCAAGUGCGACGUCCAAGCUCGUGACAAUGCCGUCGUCAAGAAUGGGCAGCUGUCGUUCACGUCCUACAGCUACGCGGCUUUGUACAUCCCACCUCUCAAUUUCGGCUCCUUGCGUGAGAUGACGGUUUCCUUCUAUUUCUCUAUCGACAAUUUGGGAGAGGACAAGCGCAUCGAGAAACGGUUUGGUUUCCGAUUGGGUCAGAUCGAGGUCUACUUUGUCCCUGAGACGGAUAUUACAGACAUCGGCCAGUUCCGACGCUGCUACACACUCGUCGGUGGUGUUGGUGAGCCGCAGAUCGAGUAUCUCGACGAGGCAGCCUUCUUGGAGGGUGAGAUGAUGCGAGUGGUGUUCCAGAUUCACCAGGACCACCUGUCUGCAAUGCACUUGUGCAAGACAUCCUCGGACAAAAUCUUCGAAAAGUCUCUGGAGCUCAACAGGCUCGGCUUCUGCAAUGCGGCCAGCCGGGCCACAGACUUCCUGGGGAUCUUUGCGGAUGGGCCGGACUGCGAGAAGGUCUUCACCAUUGAAAGCCUCUCCCUCUUGCAGUACGAGGAAGACCCGCACAGCUAUCGCUUGCUGCCCGCCUGGAGCCUCAGACCGGAUCGGAUCGACCAUGCUGGUGUCUUCGCCUGUCUCCGUUUGCUCCCAGUGUUGUUGAAGGUUUGGCCUGAGCUGAAGUCUCGUGCUGAGAGGCAGGGCUUGUCCGAAACGUUUGCCAACAUGAGCUACCAUGCCGCUUCUCCACCGCAGAGCUGCUUCUGGUUUGUGCAGGUUGCUGUGGAUGAUCAGCGACGGCUGCAACAAGCAGUACACCGGAUUGACGCCUGGCCUUCUCUCGCUUGGGCGUGGAUUCAACUUGCAAACUGUUUCGUUUUGUUGCACUUGUCGGAUGUACAGAAGGAACUCGAAAAACCUGGGGGCGCUGGACAGCCGGGCAAAGGCGCUCGGCUGCGUAUUCACUAUGCUGGCCAGAGCCUGAAAAAGAUGGUCCACGUCACCCAGCCAUCAGUGCGGAACCGCGGCAUGAAGGCCUGCAGUGCAAUCCUCAAGUCCAUUGACCUCCUCAUUCUACGGCCAGAGGACAAGGGAGCCUUGAUGCCGCAUUUGGGAAAGCUGGUUCGCCUCUUCGAUUUCCUCAUCAGCAUGGAGAUGUCCGACCAGUACCUCUGGGAGCAGGCGUGCGUGGUUCAUUUGCUGGGACACUGUGUGGCUGGCGACGAGCAUCGAUCUGCAGAAUUGUUGAUGUUUGACAACACCAUGUUCAGUGUCGGCCUGCAGAACUGCCUCAGUGCCGAUGCACGCAGAGCUCACCGCGACAAUGUGAUUGCAAGAAACGAGACCGGAUCGACGGAAGUGAACAGCACCAUUCGCUUGCAAAAUGCAGCUUUGUUCUGCUUGUCUGCCCUCGGCUUGCCACAGUCGUCAGCUGAGUUGCAAGAUAAAGGAUGCAUAUUGGAGAAGAAGGAACGUGCAGUCGGUCGACUACACCCGGAUGACGCUGCACGACUUCUGCGCUUGCUCGGAACGAAGCGAGAUGGCGAAGAGGAAGCAGUGGGUGGACUACAAGCGCAUCCCGCGGUUUUCCCCGGGUAUACCCUUAUGUGCGUUGUAGCGUUGAAGCGUGAGCUUUGCAUCAAGGCUGCAGCACCGAGCUUUCAAGCUCUUAUCGUGAAUGAGUCGAAUCUUCCGAACGUGUAUGUGAGCCUGGAAGACUUCACCGUGUGCGUACAAGUUCGCACAAAGUCAGGGAGACUGGAGUCGGCUCAAUCCUCCAUAUCGAUUGUGGACCAGGCGAUGCCAGUGGCAGUGACGGUUGUUGUGGAUGGGUUGCUGGUCUUCCUGUACCUAAAUGGAAAGGAGGCGCUGGACCAGCCCAAGAGGCUUUCAGAUUAUGCUGCAGAGGUCCAGGCCGGUGAAAUUCUCUGCGGCCGUUCCAUGAAGGCCGUGGAAGCUUUGGAGCGUGGGGAACUUCGCAAGGAGGAAGACCCGGUACUUGCCGGGGCGAUGCUGAUGAUGCGCUUCUUCCCGCGGGCAAUGGUCGCCUACGAGGUGGACUCCAAAAUGGGCGUGGCACGCAGCCAGGCUGCCAAAGUGCUCAAACGGAAGCCGGGCAGUGCAUCCGAUGAGAUCCCUCUGACGGUGUACAACAUCAUUGAAGUGACUCAGCUUGUCAUCCAGUUCACGCAGGUGCAGCUCAGCGACGAGUCUUUGGCAGCCAUGGGCAAGAAGAAAGCCGGCCUGCAGGAGGUCUUGGACCCAGACACUAUCAUGUGGAUGGUGCUGGCACUUGGCACAGCUGCCAUCUACCUCCCGCACCAGCAUCCAAAAUUUCUGGAGCUCAUAAAGCAGCCUUUCGUCAAGGUGAUGCAAAUGAUAGCUGGUAUCAUUGAUGGUGCAAGCUCGAAGCAGCAACUUUCCAAUUACGAGCAGGCAUUCAUUGCAGCAUGUACGGUUUAUGUCGCGUUUGUGCUGGCUUCGCCGCGUGGCAAGAACAUAAUGCAAGACGACCUAGCCGCAAAACUGAUCAUCAAGAUGAACGCGUUCAGCGACAGCCCUAUUGACUUUAGCGACUACGACGCGAGACAGCAAGCAGAAGGAUCUCUCGGGGUUGUCAUCAAGAACUGCCAGAGCGUGUCAUCCAGGGUUGCAGUGCUCAUCUUACGAGCGAGGCAGGAGACCCCCGCAACGCUGGCGCUGGUCCUUGAUGCUGUUAUCACGCGAAUAGUGAACGAAGAUGGCGUCAUCUUCAAGGAGGACCUGCAGGAGUUUCUCGUUGACCAGGGUCUCGGAGCUGUGGUUCAGGUGCUCCACUUCGUGGGGAGGGGCCUUUUGAACAUCGAGCGUCGCGAACGAGAUCGAAAGAAAAUGACAGCUUGGCUUACCGCUGGUGAGAACGAGGAGCGCGCUCGGCAAGAGAAGGCUGAUCGACUGGCCCUGGAGCAAGUGGGCACCCUGGCUGCGCGAAUGCACCGCCAGCUAUUCCUUCAGCUGCAUCAUGUUAUGGACGAGGUGAUCCACGGACUGCCCUUGGACGAAGUAUCCAUGCUUGCCUUGGUAAGAAUGGUUGGAACAGUGCUGGAGGUUCCGCAGGUCAUUUUCAUGCCGGCAAAGUCACAACGAGCAGAGCGCAUGCAGGACAUAGAGGUCGCAGAAGGCAUGCCAUACGAGUGCUGGCGCAACGUUUCCGAGCUCUCCUGUGACAAGCUGCGGGUUUGGACAGAGAAGUUUUAUCCUAUGUCUUUGCGGACCUUUGGCGAGGUGUCCACCAUGCUGGAGGACUUGCAGGAGCAGGUGGUCGUCCGCGAUCGACGGCACAUCAGUUCUCCUCGUUUGGAGAUUGGAGCUAUGUCGCUGAUAUCGAAGGUUUGGAUUCACUUCCAGUCCUCUCAGCCAGAGUUCCUCACAGACACAGAGGUUCGCAUUCUUCCCGUGCACGACCCUCCGCUGGAGUUGCCACGCAAAAAAUCAGGACACAAGUACUGUGCUGAGCCUUCGCGCCUUGUGGCCUUCGCGAAUGCGGUGCUGCGCAACCCUCGCUUCAAUGACGAGGUGUAUGCAAAUACGGUCGUUCUUCUGGCGGAGCUGAACUUGCCAGAGCUCUACACAUCCAUGGUGCCACUGCUCGUGCAGACCGCUUUGCAGUCAGAUUGGCUCUGCCGCCUGGUGUCUCAUGAACUGCUUCACAACGCCGUUCGCCUGCACUAUAUGCAAGGAAUGCUGGCCUGGAGUACUUGA